GAGAAAAAUAGUGAGUUCUCUAUCAUGAUUAUCCAUUGUUGGCUAGGUGUAAGGUGUUGUUAUGUGAAGCAUGAUUGUGUUGAUUAAUUUUUCACUCAAACCCCUUAGUUUCACUUUUCAUGCUUGACAGCGAGUCCGUUAGGGGGGUAUGGGGGGUGCCGCAACGCACCUGAAAGAAAAUUUUGCUAUACCGGGCCCGCAACACCUAAAUGAAGCAACUCGACUCUUGGAACUCUAGCACUCGAUGCUCCAAUGCUAGGAGGAGGCAGCGUAGCGUCUAACUUGGGUACAUGUAUAGGUCCAAAAACUGAGCGUUUGACACCCUAGCACCUGGAGGUUAGCGCCCCAAUGCCAGGAGAAUUGUGGUGCCCCGGCACUAGUAACCUCAUUCAGGCAGUUGAGGCUUAAAAUUACAUCUUCUCUGCGGGAUUUGUGAGGCGUUGAAAUUGUAUUUCGAGAUUUAUCUUGUGCGAAAGACAGGAGAGAAUUCCUGAAGUAUUCCAAGUCUAAACCGAAUAAUGGAUCGCAGCAGUGAUAUUUUUUGCAAGUUUCCUGAUCAUCUCCUCAUUGAAAUUUUUGUUCGGGUGCCUAUUUUUGAGUGGGUUCAAAUAUCAUGUGUCUGUAAGCAGUGGGCUUCCAUAUUCCGAGCGGAGGGUCUCUGGCAGUUUGCGAUUGCACGAUCCUGGCCUUCAGUUAUCCUUAGAAAACGUUGGCCUGGGCCUAUUCCUGGAGGUUUAGCUAAGAGAAGAUACAUGGCGUUAUAUGCUAGCGAGCAUCUUAUCACAUUAAAUGGUGAAAUUGAUGAGCUUGUAGGCCACGCUUAUUUGUUUCUCAAAGAGCAACUUGAGCUCUCAACCAUGGCUCCUCCUUCCAGCAUACUUCAUGGAACCCUUAUUGAUCAGUUUAUUGCCUGUGGAAGAUCAGAAGAGGAUGCCCACGAGCUUUCUUCACAAAUUUGGUUAACUGUUAUCAACAAUUUGGAAGAGAAUGAGGAUACAUUUGAACUGCUGAAACGUCUUGCACUGGAAGGAAACUUUUUCCUUCCAUAUCCCUAUUCCAGAUCUGACAAAGUCUUAUGGAGGGUUUUUGAGAAACUUUUCACUGAUUUUCGUGAUUGCUUUACUCCUGUGGAUUACUAUGAUGCACUUGCCUAUGCCAAAACAAGGUUCCAGCCAAUACCCUCCACUUGGUUGGGUCAUUGAGCCUCCGCGCCUAAAAUACCCCGUUGUUGUUAGUUCUUCAUUUAUGGAGCAAAUAUUACGUCGCACAUGCAAAUUGGUGGUAUUGUGAUUGGAAUUCGCUCGUAUAUGCACCUACCUGUCUACAUGUAAUAUUUCAUCACAAGUAUGUCGGCCUGUAUAAGAACAAGUAAAUAUUAUGAUUUUAAUGUAUCCUAUCAUUUAUAAUGUAUGUAUAUGUAUAACAAUUGUUUACAUUUUAUACCCUACUUGUAUUGCACAUGUAUUAUAGUUUUUCUCUCAUUUAAAUGCCAU